UAUCACCCAUAUUUGCCAAAAGCUUUCGACUGUUUGGCUAGCCAUCGACUAUUUCUUGUACCGCCAUCAUGUCCUCCUCGAAGGAUAUGGGUAAUACCUCCCUCCUCGAAUUUCUCGACCUGCAGCAACUCAACUGCCUCAACGAAUCUGCGGAGCACCCUUUCAAAGCCAUCGUAGCCUCCAAGAAAAGGAAUGCAACUAGUGCAUUCCUACAGAGUGACGCAGAUGAGCAGCUGCUAUUGAACAUUGCUUUCAACCAAUCAGUUCGCGUACGGUCGAUUGUCAUCCAGUCUGACGAGCUAUCGACUGCGCCCAAAAAGCUGAAACUUGUCAUCAACCGGUCAAAUGUUGGAUUCGAGGACCUGGAGGAUGCUGAUGAACCAGAUGUGGCACAGGUCUUGGAGCUGAGCGAGGAAGAAGUGAAGGAGGGAAAGCAGGUCGCCUUACGAUUCGUACGAUUUCAGAAGGUCAACAGCUUGCAUAUUUUCGUCGUGUCUAAUCGCGGCGGCGAGGAGGAGACGAGAAUCGACAAGAUCGAUGUAUUUGGUAUACCUGUCGAGACUACCAAAGAUCUCAGUGGCCUUCACAACCAAGAGCACAACCAUUAGG